UAAGCGCAUAUGGUCACUAAAACGUGCUUUCCAUCUUUGAAUAGUCAAGUUGUAUUUAUAUUUUAUAUUUAACUAUAAUGGGUAAAAAGGACAAGAAUAAGAAAAAAGGCAAAGGCGCCGAGAAGACAGCAAUGAAAACCGACAAAAAGCUGGCAGCCAAACAAAAGAAAAUGCUGGAAAAACUUGGAGAGGCGGAUAUAGCGGAAAUUGUAAAGAAACUGGAAAAUCAGGAGCAGAGUAUAAAGGCGAUAACCGAGGAGGUAUGCGCACCACCAACGCCACGCUCCAAUUUCUCGCUGGUAACACAUCCCGAAAAGGAAGAGCUAAUCAUGUUCGGCGGCGAGCUAUACAACGGCGCCAAAGUCUCCGUAUAUAACGAUAUGUUCUUCUAUAAUAUACCACGGAACGAGUGGAAACAGCUGCGUUCGCCAUCGGGCCCAACGCCGCGCAGUGGCCAUCAAAUGGUCGCCGUUGCCACCGAUGGCGGCCAAUUGUGGUUGUUUGGCGGCGAGCAUGCCAGUCCCUCGCAGCUGCAGUUUUAUCACUACAAGGAUCUCUGGUCGAUGAGCCUGAAGACGCGACAGUGGUCCAAGAUCGCGGCACCCAAUGGCCCCAGUGCGCGUAGCGGCCAUCGCAUGGUCGCUGCCAAGAAGCGUCUGUUCAUCUUUGGCGGCUUUCAUGAUAACAACCAAUCCUAUCACUACUAUAACGAUGUGCAUGUCUUCUCCCUGGAGUCGUACGAGUGGCUAAAAAUCGAAAUCGCUGGCACAAUUGCGCCGGCUGUGCGUUCCGGCUGUUGCAUUGCCGCCGCACCGGAUGGCAAAAUCUUCGUUUGGGGCGGUUACGCGAGAACUUCAAUGAAGAAGGAUCUGGAUCGUGGCAUCACGCACACGGAUAUGUUUGCGCUCGAUGUGGACAAGACCGGCUCCGGCAACAAGUACAAAUGGACAACUGUCAAAGCUGGCGGUUAUCGUCCGAAGCCGCGAAACAGCGUCGGCUGCACCGUGGCACCAAAUGGCAAGGCGUAUUGCUUUGGCGGCGUGAUGGACGUCAACGAGGAUGACGAGAAUGUCCAGGGCCAGUUCGGCGACGAGCUGCUGGCCUUUGAUCUGACCUCACAGUCGUGGCGUCUGCUUGAGGUGGCUGCCAAGACCAAGGCCAGCAGCAAGCGGGACAACGAAAAGUCCAACGAUAUUGAAAUGGCCGGAGAUGCGGCGCCCGCUGAAAAGACUGUGACCACCACCACAGAUGGCAUUUUUACGGUUACCGUUGGUGGACCCGGCUCCAGUCAAGCAUCCUCGUCCUAUGUGUCCAAUAUACCCAGUCUGUUUCCUGCUACCCAGCACAGACGCACAGAUGUGCCCUCGCCGCGCAUGAAUCCCGGCCUGUGCGUUUGCAAAGGCAUUUUGUAUCUAUUGGGCGGCCUCUACGAGGAGGAUGAGAAACAGCACACGCUUAACGAUUUGUAUGCGCUAGACUUACAUAAGCUGGAUCAGUGGAAGGUUAUCAUAGCUGGCAAUCAGAAGGCACACGAUUGGAUUGAUGACACCGAGAGCAGCAGCUCCGGCGAGGAGUGCUCCGACGAAGACGACGACGACGACGACGAUGAUGAUGACGAUGAUGGCGAUUCGGAUAUGGACACGGAUUGAUUAAUUAAAACUAAGAGCUGUAAUUUCAAUAAAUACGAAAUUGUUUGUAAAACUAUAAAA